AGGCGGCCUCGGAAUCAAGAUUGUUUCCGCCCACCUGGGAGCAAGGGAGGGCCGAGCGCCGAGAGGGACCCCAGUAGGAUGCCGCCCACCUGGUGCGCUUGCUUCCCCAGAUCACCCUGGGUGUCUGGGAAUUCAGAUAUCCUAGUCCCGCCUCCUUCCCUUCCCUUCAUCCCUUGUCGUUUCGUAGCCGUUGGCCGUUGCCCCUGCUGCUCAGGCUCAGCUCUGCUCUCUGCUCCCUUCCUUGCUCUGCUCCUGCUCCCUUGCUCUCGCCGUGGCCUUUGCAUCGCAUCCGGCAUCCUUGCCUUUCCUUCUUCCUCCCCUGUCCGCGGCCAGGGGCAGGCGCUAGUAUAACGCGCCUCGUGCCGUGAAAAGCUCGCUCCUUUUUUCUCUCUGCCUCGGCGAGUCGGCUGGCUUCCGCUCCCCUUUGCCGUUUGCUCAGGACGCAGGUAGCCUUUUCGCACCACCUCCAUGCCUCUUUGUUCUCCCUUUCUUUUCCUUUUUUUUGAGGGAUUUGUUCUCCCUUUCUACCACGAGCGCGAGAGUUGAGCCAAAAGGACGGUCAAAAGGAGACCCUUUUCAGUUGUCUCGUGCCACGCUUGUGCUCCCGUGUUCGUGGAUGGUAACAUGAAAAUUUUCCCGUGAAUCGUAUCGGGAGAUGGUGAUUGGCGAACAGCGCGUUGUCGCCUGGUUCAGAUACGCGUGUUUGGUUUGGCGGUGCUUGUUCUGAACUCUGAAGAAACUCUGUUUCAGCAACGUCCCAGCGAUCGCUGCCGCCGCCGCAUGCCGACCACGGCUUCGCGUUGAUCCGGUCUCCGGAAGCAGCUCGAGGAUGGCGGACCACUUGGCGCUGAUGACGGGACGGCUGCUCACGGAGUCGACGCUCCGGUCCGCCAUUCACGAGUCGCUCGCCGGCGACGAUCGGACCGAUCCUCAAGAUGUUCAGCUGGGCGUGAGCAAGGCCAAGAGUGGUGUCAUGGUGGAGUGCAGAAUCUGCCAGGAGGAAGGUGACGAGGCCUACAUGGAGACCCCCUGCUCCUGCAAGGGCAGCUUGAAGUACGCUCACCACAGAUGCGUCCAGCGGUGGUGCAACGAGAAGGGAGACACCAUAUGUGAGAUAUGCUUGCAGCUAUUGACACCAAACUACACUGCUCCUCUGAAGUUGUUUCGGAAUGGAAGGCACCUAAUAAAUUUCAGGGUCGCUGUAGAAAGACGAGAAAAUCAUGGUGCUAGUUACGGUCAUGUCUCGGAUCAAGCUGAUAGCGUAUCAAGCUUUUAUUCUCAAAGUUCCAACACGAAAGGCGUCAUGUAUUGCCGAGUAUUUGCCAUUGCUUUAAUGAUUUUGUUGGUGCUCCGUGACGCAAUCUUGCUUAUACUCCGCAGCCAUGAAGUGUGCUCAAUGGAGCUAAUCACUCUGCUGAUGUUCAGAACGGCUGGAAUUGUCAUACCUGUCUACAUCAUCUUGAUAUCAGUUAGCACAUUGCUUCAUCGGUGCAAUCAGCGGCAGGCUGUGCACGAGACGCCGGUUUCAGAACCUCGUGGAGCAGGGGGUUUGCAGCCAGUGCCGCCUCAACAGCAACAGCAUAUCAUCAUCAACAUCCGGUAGGAAGCUGCACGGCGAUUCAUAAUCAAGCAGGCUCUGUAAAUAUCUGAGAAAAGUUUGGGCUUCAGGCUAGUCACGAUAGGAUUCAGAAUCAGAAGAUACAAAAUCAUUAAAUCAUUGUGAUUGACUGUGUGAUGGUUAAUAGUAGUUUCUGUGCACAAAAGAAUUCUAUGGUACAGCCGCUCAACUUCACAAAGCCAUGAAGAUGAAGUUGGCUGGUGCCUGUAAUGUGAAACAAUGUAGGAAAAUUGAGUAAAACAUGUACAUGCAUUCAUGACAUGCUCCGCAGCCAUGAAGUGUGUUCAAUGGCUCUGUAAAUAUCUGAGAAAAGUUUGAGCUCCAGGCUUGUUA